CUCAGGGACGAUAGUUGAUUAAGUUCGGCGGAGGAUUUAACUCUGCUUCACUCAGUUACAGCUAUGACAGAGGGAACGUAAGUAAUUUUCUUUAUUUACCGACGAAAUCAGAUAUUUACUCGAGUUCAAAAAGAUACUUUAAAGCAUUUGGAAGUUGGUUGGCUGCGCUAAAAAUGUGAAAAAGACAAAAUGUAGAUUGUCCACAACUGUUAUGACUAAAGUUUUGUGUUGUAUUUCACUAAAUCAAAUGUCGUAAUUUAGAAAACAUGUAUUAUACCGACUAAAAAUAAAGUAACCCUGCUGAUUGUUUAAAUGAGGAUUUAACCCUUUGACAAAAUGCAACUGAACCCGUUUUUACAUGAUUUCAUAUCAUCUCUGUUUAAAAAUGAGCUUUGUUAGUAUUUUUGUCUCACAUUUGCAGAAAAUUCAUACAGAAAGAUCUUAAAGGGAUUAGACACCCCCUCGAGAAAUAAUUGUUGCUGACUGCUUGCUUCUCUAGUUUUACCAACUUUAGUAAUGACCACAUGAAAGCAAUACACAGCGGUCUGAGGAGCCAUAAACAAACCUCAACCAAAACGCCACUCCAUAUCCACAAAUAAUGCUCAGAACAGCACCUAACUUCAUCAACAGGACAUAUAGGGACCCAGCCAUAGUACUAGACACCAAACAUCUUUUUAAAUUGACUAAUUUCUUUAGCAAAGUGACCAAACACAACUCACCUACUCUCUUCCAGCAGCCGCUUGUUUGUGGGAGACCUCAGGCCAGUUCAUUAUGGACUACAGUGGGGUGACGCAGCUCAAGACAGAACAUUUAUGAUCAUUUCUUUAUCAUUUCCUUGAAGUAAUAAUCACCAUAUUAAUCAUUUUGCACAGCAGACGCGAUAGUUCUUCUGCCUUAGCAUCUCGGUCUGAUUGCAUUUCUAUGAGGAAAUGAUCAUAAAUGUUCUUCCUUGAGUUGCGUCACCCCGCUGCAGUCCGUAAUGGACUGGCCUGAGGUCUCGCUACAAACAAGCGACUGCUGCGAGAAUAGGUGAGUUGUGUUUAGUCUCUUUGUUGGAAAAAAAAACUAAAGUUGGAUUAACUAGAAAAGCAAGCGGUCGGCAACAUUCACCUCUGAAGGCGGUGUCUUACUUUGUGUCAUGGUGUGUUUGACCCUAAAUUAAUUUCACGCGGGAAUAUCCCUUUAACCCGAGGUAAACAGUUUAGCGGCGCUACAACAUGCAGCAGGUCUCAUUUGACAAGAAACACUUCUGUUACAGACACUUGUCUUACUUUGUUAAAGCGGUUUACCUGUCCAGCAGAAAGGUUACAGGGUCCGGAAGAUCCCGGAAGCGUCCCCCAACGUUUAUGCUAGCUUCAUUGAUGUUGACCCUGCUUUUUAGCUCUCGUCCCGGUCUACCUCCUUUUUAAGCGCCCGUUACUCCGCCAGAGUCUCCGGUAUUUACUUCAUUUUCUUGCUUGUGUCGGCAGUCGUGGCCAAAGGAGGAUUCAGACAAUUUUCCAUACUUUCUGGUUGGUUUCUACUGUCCGAUAUUGUUGCACGCUAACUUUGUUUGGGCUCGUCAACGUUAUUUGAGGAUGUGGAGUCUGCCUCACAACAGGAGGGAGCAGCGUCUUCCUCACAACCAAUCAGCACUAAGGAGCAGCGUCUGUCUCAACCAAUCAGGUCGAAGAGGUGGAGAACGUCGUUGCUCACAAUCAGAAUUGGCGGACCGUUAAAAUUUUCUAAAUGUCGGCUACAUAGACAUAAGCGAACACAGCGAUCUCGUUAUAUUACCAAAUGUAAUCAAUAACUAAUAGCUACUGACUGAUAUUAAAAGUUUUUUGUAUAUACACCAAAAAAUAAAAAAAAUGUUUCUUUAAUGGAUUCCUGCCUACGCCAACUUUAAGUUAUCAAAGAAAAAACACCGGAACAUGAAAUAUAUAUAUUUCUUUUCAUGAAAUAAUAUUUUUAUUAUUUAUUUACACUUUUAUCAAUUUAUUUACACUUUUAUCCAAUUAUUGACACUUUUUUUUAUUCAUUCAUACUUUUCAACACUUUUAAUAAUACAUUAAUUUAUGUAUUGACACUUUCAAUCAUUUAACGGUAUAUUUAAGUAGUUAUUUAAUGAUGUAUUUAUUUAUUUAAUUAAUUUUGAUACUUUUAGUCCUCCAUACAAAGUAAGUCUUUGUGUCUUUGUUGUACCUUGUAGGCACCUGCGGAGGCGAGGGGGGCCUUACAAGACAGAGCCAGCCACAGACCUGAGCCGCUGGCGGCUGACUAAUGUGGAGGGCAGGCAGGCAUGGCGCUAUGUGGAGGAUGAGGAGACCCCAGACAGAGAGCAAACGAUGCUGGAGGCACACUGUCUAGGUCUGGACACGGUAAGCUGUCACACAUAAUGGCUGAACCCAGAUACAAGCUCAGAACAGGUAAGGUGUCAAAGAAAGUGGUUACUAACAAAAAAGCUUGCAGGGUCUGUGAUUUUGUACCUGGUGCAUGUUCAGAGUUGUGAAGUCAAUUGAGUCGCUGUGUUUUUAGCCAAUAUGCAAUAACACACAAUACCAAACAGUAUUCUUAUAUUUUAACUUCCUUAUCUUCUCCACAGAGUACGUUUGUGUCUGGCUCCCCUGCGGCCCACACAGCUGUAGAUGCAGCUCUGAAAGGAAUGAACUUCUACAGCCACCUCCAGGCUGAGGACGGUCACUGGGCCGGAGACUAUGGAGGACCUCUCUUCCUCCUUCCAGGUAAAGCCAGUCUUCCUUAUAUUUGACACCUGUAAUUUGCAACAGCUAAAAUUUUUGUGCAUGUUAAUCUGUCACUGUAUGAACGUCUAUUUCUAAACUCCAGGUCUAUUGAUCACGUGCCACAUAGCAAAGAUCCCUCUGGCUGAGGCUUGGAAGAAAGAGAUGGUGAGAUACCUGCGCUCGGUUCAGCUUCCAGAUGGCGGCUGGGGUCUGUAAGUCAACAUUAAAUGUUAUUUGGCUUUCGAUGUUCAUUUAUAUCAUAAAAUUGUAAAGAUUUCUUGACCAAGAAAUGAGUGACCUUACACAAACACAGAGAGUUGAAGUCAAGUUUCAGUUGAGCUUCAGCCGAAGAAUAGAGACCAUGACACCAGAUCAGUAAAAGCACAGCUAGUUACUUGUUUUUGUUUGUCGGUUUCUUCAGACAUAUUGAAGAUAAAUCUACGGUCUUUGGCACAGCGCUGAGCUACACAUCAUUAAGGAUCCUGGGAGUUGAACCAGACGAUCCAGACAUGAUCCGGGCCAGGAACAACCUGCACAGCAAAGGUGAGGAGUUAAUGCUGAAUUAAAUUUUACACACCACUGAAGCUGGAACCAGCAUGCAUGUGGCAGGCAUAGUAAUUACUCUGAUUACUGAUCAUUCUAACAAUCAGACAAUUAGUGUGGGAAAUUAAGACAUAGAGCUUAUAGUUGCCUACAUAAUUAUUUUAAAACUGUGAUAGCUAUGAAACAAAGCAGCUGGUGAUUUUCUCCAUCUUCAGGUGGUGCUGUGGGGAUUCCCUCCUGGGGUAAAUUCUGGUUGGCUAUUUUAAAUGUCUACAGCUGGGAGGGGAUGAACACACUGCUACCAGAGAUGUGGUAAGAUGCUCUCUCUGUCAUCGUAAUUAAUGUUUCACUGAUUGGUCACUUGUCAUUUUGAAUUCCUUGUUUUAAACACAGUUUGACACACUUUGGUGGAAAUGAAAAGUGCAUUUCUGGCAUGUCACUCCCUCACUCUUGCUCUCUCUCUGCUUCCUUCUCUGUCCGCUGUCCUGUCCUCUCUAUAAGUAAAAGAAGAAAAACACAGCAAUAAAACAGAGAUAAAGAGAAAGAAAACUGACCGUGUGUGGUGUAAAGUAAAUUGUGACUGUGUGGUCAAAACACUUGAAUUGUCUUCAGUAAACUGACUGCUCACUUGAAUCUGUUUCAGGCUAUUCCCUGCGUGGAUGCCCGCUCAUCCCUCCACCCUGUGGUGUCACUGUCGUCAGGUCUACCUCCCCAUGAGCUACUGUUAUGCUGUCAGACUGGCUGCAGACGUGGAUGAGCUGGUCCUCAGCCUCAGACAGGUGCCAAAUUAUUUUUCCGCCACAAGGGGGCGCCAUACUCAUGAUAAGAUUUCAUGACCUCAGAGCUCUGAGUCUGUGCGACCUCGGAGUAACUGGCUGAAAUCAUCUUUUCAUAGGACACUCAUUCAAACCUUCCUCUCUUUGAACUUUCUUCGAUCACUUUCUCAAUCAAGCAUGAGUAUACUUUAUGAAACUGACAUAUGACUUCACUUUGGUUCCUCAGGAGCUUUAUGUCCAGGACUAUGCCUCUAUUUACUGGCCUGAUCAGAGGAACAAUGUGGCUGCAUGUGAUCUGUACACACCUCACAGCACUCUGCUCACAGUCGCCUACAGUAAGUAUGAGCCGGACACAAAAGUAUAAAAAAAAAUUUCCUGCAAACUCGAUAACAAAACGGACUCAAUGAUAAAAAAUGAAGUAUCACUGUUACAUAAUGAUGAUGAUCUCUAAAGUUUUACUCAAUUUGACCACAUGUGCGAAAGUGACGCAUCAGAAACGCAACAAUCCUGAGGGGAAUCCCUCAUGACACAUGAUGUUUUUAACCAAAAAAAAGAAGUUCAUUUUUCCACUGGUACUUCUUUAAAGCGGUUUUGUGAAUCAUCCCCUGACCGUGUGAUUGUCCCUGUUUCCCUGCAGUGGUGUUAAAUGUUUAUGAAGCUCACCACAGCACAACACUGAGAGAGAGGGCGGUCAAAGAGCUGUACGAGCACAUCCAGGCCGAUGACCGCUUCACGAAAUGUAUCAGCAUUGGACCGGUAACACACAAAGAAACAGUUUAAAACAAGACAUUUCAAAAUAAAAGAGAGCUCUUUCAGUGUAAAGCUUGAUUUAUAAUGAAGAAGAUAAAAUUAGUGUCUUCUUCCUCAGAUUUCAAAGACCAUCAACAUGUUGGUCCGCUGGUAUGUGGAUGGUCCCUCUUCUCCAGUGUUUCAGGAGCACGUGUCCAGGAUCCCAGACUACCUCUGGUUAGUCAGGCUGUCUUUGGAAAAUGUGUUUCCCAUUGCUCAUCAUGAUUACAUCUUUAAUUUUAAAGUUAUUGCGUUUGUCAUUAUUUAAAUGUUUUUGCUCAAUGUUGAUAAAUCUGAAGAUGCACAUUAAAGUUUUAUUGUGUUCCAGGUUAGGAUUAGACGGCAUGAAAAUGCAGGUGAGGAUCCACACUCUGCUUGAUGACAUGUUCGGUGAUUUUUGAGUUUGAAAGUAAAUCUUUGAGCUCAAAUGAGCGGCACAGGUGUGCAGAAAGCUCUCAGACUUCGAUAAACUGUAAAAUGAAUAUAAGUUAUUUAAAAGAAAAUAGUUUUUCAUUCUCUCACCAUUGAAAAAUACCCUUUGUUACCAUCGGAAUGAAUCUUUCCGUCAUGAAGAGUUUCAGUUCAUCAAGUUCACUCAAAUUUUCCACAGGGUACCAACGGAUCUCAACUUUGGGAUACUUGUUUUGCUGUUCAAGCCUUCCUUGAGGUACUGCAAAUAUCAUCAUUUACAAUACAGUACAAUAACUGAGAUGAACAAACUGAAAAGCAGAGGACUCAAUAUUGAUCCCUGAGGAACCCCACUCUAAGUGUAAAAUCCAGAAGUAAAAUCCACGUACAAGUGUUGAGCACCAUCAUCAAUUCUUCUGUGUGUAUUUUGGUAGAAGUGUUUUAUUUGCGUUACAUUUCUGAUUGUAAGAUGUCAUGUAGCUGAUUAGGAUCUGGUUUCUGUUGUACAUUUCAGGCUGGAGCUCAGGAUGACCCCAGACUAGCUGAGUGCCUCCGCAGUGCCCACGACUUUCUCAGAAUAACACAGGUACCACCAACACAAAGCUUCUUACUGAAAUGCAAUAAAAUAUAUCUUUAAAUCAUUAUUUCUAAAAAAAUCUCCUUUUAGAUCAGAACAUAUAAGUAUGAUUAUUUUUCCCACUUUUACAGAUACCUGAAAAUCCUCCUGAGUACCAAAAGUACUACAGACAGAUGAACAAGGUAAAACCACUUUCGAGAAAAGGCUUUUUGACUUGUUAUGAUACUGGCGGGCGCUGUGAUAGUGAUUGAUGUGCGUAUACCUUUGACCUCGACCCUCUUUGUCAGGGAGGAUUCCCCUUCAGCACACGGGACUGUGGCUGGAUCGUAGCCGACUGUACAGCAGAGGGCCUGAAGUCAGUGAUGCUGCUGCAGGAGCUCUGUCCCGCCAUCGGGCGGCACGUCACCUCAGAGCGGCUAUUUGAUGCUGUCAAUGUGGUGAGUCGAGGAUAAAUAGAUGGACGACACCAUAUCUCAUAAUGUAUGAACUUAAACCAAGUUUUGCUUGUGUUUAACUGAUUAUAAAUUAACUGGAAUUGAGUCUGAUGAGUUUAUUUGAGACCUCAGCAUUUCUGCUCCUUCAUCGUGUGUGUGUGUCUCUUAUAGCUGCUGAGCAUGAGGAACCGUGAUGGCGGAUUCGCCACCUAUGAAACGAAGAGAGGAGGGAAACUCCUAGAGCUGCUGAACCCCUCUGAGGUGUUCGGUAUGUUUGAUGCCCACACUGUAUCAUCAACAUAAAGUUAAUGCACUUUACUUGCAGUAAUGUUCGGUCAUAAAACACUUCCUUUAAUUGUUUGUUAUGAUAUAAAAAGUGCAGAUGAAGACCAUGUAACCCCCUCAGGUAACAUUUAUUGAAAAUAAAUCACUCACAGAAAAGUCCCGGCCAAAAAAUUCCCCAAAAUCACAUCGUGCAAGUUGGUGCCUGAGGCCUUCAGUCUGGUUCAGAUCUGUCGGUGUUGCUCAACAUGCAAACAUGCAGAUGUGAAAAAGGGAAACAUGGCGUCAUAUAGGAACAUGACAUUUGUGUCUAAUUUUAACAUUUUGCUCUUUAUGUGUUGAAAUUUGACGACCUUUUUCAACAUGGAAGUGCAGAGAGCCUUACGUUAAUGUGAACUCUGAAUGCACUCUCUCCUUUUGCCACAUAUAGGUGAUAUUAUGAUAGAUUAUACUUAUGUGGAGUGCACCUCAGCAUCAAUGCAGGCCCUGAGGCAUUUCCAAAAAGUCCACCCUGAACACCGGGCUGAGGAGAUAAGGUACAAUAUACACACAAACACUCGAACACAGAUGUGCUGCUUUUAUAUGGAAUAAAACGAGGGAAAGAGAAACCUCCAACUGAGUUUUCUGUGUUUGUUUGUUUCUCAGCUCCACUUUGAGAGAGGGACUAGAUUACUGCAGGAAGGUACAGAGGCCUGAUGGAUCCUGGGAAGGGUGAGAAUACACAUCCUGUUUUUCUACUUGAUAUCCUCUAAGUUGCUGUCAUCUGCCAUCGUUUUUGCAUUUCACCUCUGAGGCCGGUUGUGCUUGUUUAAAUAAGAAUCCCUUUGUGGUCAUACUCAGGUCCUGGGGGGUGUGCUUCACAUACGGAGUCUGGUUUGGCCUCGAAGCUUUUGCUUGUAUGGGCCACGUCUACAAGGAUGAGUAAGUUCAUCCAACACUCAUCACCACAGCGUAAUGUAGACUGUGUUCACGAACCCGUCGAGCCACACGAGACCUCCGUGAACUCCUUACUUACAAACCUAAUGACAAUGUGGUCCUUUGUUUUCAGGGAUGUGUGUGUGGAGGUUCAGAAAGCCUGUCAGUUCCUGCUGGACCGGCAGAUGCCAGACGGGGGCUGGGGGGAGGACUUUGAGUCGUGUGAGCAGCGGUGCUACAUCCAGAGCAGCUCAGCCCAGAUCCACAACACCUGCUGGGCUCUGUUAGGUCUCAUGGCUGUCAGGUAAAACUCCUCUCAUAGAAAACGAAGAUACUGAGGUGUAAAUAUGUAUCAGUGAGGUCUGUGUUGGUCCACAAUCAAAAGAGACUUCCUGUUGAUCGUUGUGAUAUUUUCAUUGUUUUCAUCAAAUGUUUUACGUCCAAAUAAAGUGAUAAAUUUUAAAGGGGGUCUUAAAUAAUUGUGAUAAUAAUAGUUAAAAGAUUAUACACGUAUCUCCCUCUUUGCUGGUAGAUACUGAGAUUUAGAAAACAGACUCUUACUGCAAAACAAACUGGAACAGAGGCGCUAAAAUAACAAAAGAUUUGUAGCAGUACAAGCAGAAUGGAGCUGUCAGUAAAGGUGUUAACCCGUGCAAGUCUUCCUUAGACCUUAGCCUGUUGUUUUUUUAACACUAAAUGAAAAAGGACUUAAGUUAUAUGCAAAUAACCACAAUUAACCAAAACAUUCACUGUAAUAACAGUUAUUAAUCAGCCUCUAUGGGACCAAUUUAACUAAUAUGGGACAAAACUUUAAUUAAUACCAUCAGCAGGGGAAAAAUGAAAUCCAAAAUUAUAUCUCUGUAUCUGUGAUGGAUUCAUUAGGUGUUAAUAUAUAAAUUUUUUCCAGGCAUCCAGACAGAGGAGCCGUAGAGCGAGGAGUCCAGCUGCUGAUCGAUAAGCAGCUGCCCAACGGAGACUGGCCACAGGUAAAUAAACUAGCAGCAGCUCUCAGGAUGUUUUUUUGCUGCUUCUUUUUGUGACAUAAAUAUCAAAGAUUUUCAUCCAUGAUUUAAAAAAUAUGUGAGCUUUAACAUGUUGUUUUUUACCUCCUCAGGAGAAUAUUGCAGGCGUGUUCAACAAAAGCUGUGCUAUCAGCUACACCUCCUACAGGAACGUCUUCCCGGUCUGGACGCUCGGACGCUUCUCAAACCUGUACCCGAGCAGUCCGCUGGCCGGGAAGGUCAAACUGUGAAGACGCUUUAGAAGAGUUUGUGGUUCAUCAGAUCUGCAGAGAACAAUGUUUACUCGUCAAACAAAAUACAAAAACAGUCACAGUUGUUUAAGUUUAAGUUAUCGACAUCACCCUCCACAUUUCACAGAUCUACCUGUGGCUCUUUUACUCUCUGUGUUCUCCGUCUUUAGGUUUUUCUUCAGAGCGGAAAUCUACAGACAUGAUAAAAAAACAUUAAAUUCUUUGGAGAUAUUUCCAUGUUUAACAUUCCAGUGUGGAUCAGGGCUCCUCCCUACAAAUCUAUCAUGAUAAUCUGCUGCAAAAUGAAACACCCAGCUCAUGUUUGCUGCUUUAUCAGCUCUGGACAAGCAUUCACAUCAUCGUGCCUUACUCUUCUGUACUAUAUCCAUUCAGAAUAAAUGCUCUCCUAUGGUAUUAUGUUGACUGGAUCGAGCAGAAACACUGGAAAAAUGUAAUUUAAUGCUUGAUAUUUCAUGAAGAGCUACUUCAUAGAAAAGUCCCCAUGAAUAACAGCAUUGUGCAAGUCGGUGCCAAAGCUGUCAAGUGAAGUUCACUGCCAGGACUGUGAGAGUUGCUCAACCUGCAAAUAUGCUGAAAAAGGGAAACAAGGAGUCAAAUAUCAACAAGAUGUUUUAGAGUCAUUUCAACAUUUAACGGCAUGAAUCUUUUUCCACUGCUCUCCAAAUGCUGCAAUUUUAUGACCCUUUAUAAUAUGGAAGAGAAGAGAUUCUUAUGAUUCUUAAAAAGGAAAAGUUGUGAAAUCUUUCUAUUGUCGCUUUCACUCAGGUGACAUGAUGAUAGAUUGGACCUGUGUGGAGUUUACUUUAGAGGCAGAUCAGAGCCUGAGGGAUUAAUAUGCAGUGGAUGUGAUCGCCAUCAAUUAUGCCAGUGAUGUGUUAUUGCAUUAGGAGGGUUAGGACAUCUCCAAUGAGAUCUAAAAACAACAUGAUUUCUGCACAAUCAAGUCUGCAGCAUUUGUCAUUCUGUCAUUUACAGUCAGCUAAACAUUUCACUUUUAAUUUUAUGAAUACAGCUCAAAGCUUUUACAAGGUAAAUCUACAAUCUGCCAGUUGUUUGCACAGAGACAUCUCAUGACGUCCUGACCUUUAUCACAGUGAGGAAGCUGGCAUUGCACACACAUUUUUUCAGCUGCACUUCUGUAAGCCACUCCUGAACAUGACCUCAGUCUCACUGGUAAAUAAAAGAUGAAUAAAAGUGCGAAGUCACAGCUUACACUCCGUGUUUGUGAGGUCUCUAUUAGGUUGUUUUUGACUCGAUCUAAAGGUGUGGCUGUGUGGAAGAUUUUUCCGAGGUUUGAUUGUGAAAAGGCGCUCGUGUGAGUGACAGGCAGCAAAUAUCGUACACAUCUCAUCGUGUAUUUAUUUGUGUAGUGUAGUUGUUGGAACGGGUGUAGACAGGAGCAGUGGGGAAACUGGCAGAAGUGAUGAGAUCCUGAUAACAGAGAACUAUGUAACUG